CAGAGACGCCCCGCCCCCGCGCGGUGCUGCGGAACCGGAGCUCCGGGCGGCGUCGGCAGCGGCGCGGGAGGCUGCGAGGCCGGGGCGGCAGGAGCCGGCGCGGCGACCGCAGCGAGAGCGGCGGGGACAGAGCAGACCACGACGAAGGCGCACAGGCAGCCGGGCCAGGCCGGGCCACGGGGAGAGCGGCCGUCAGGAAGCGGGCGGGAGGCUGGACGGGCAGCAGGCAGCCGCCGAGUCGCGAAGCGACAUGGUGCUGCUCAAGGAGUAUCGAGUCAUCCUACCUGUGUCUGUAGAGGAGUAUCAAGUAGGGCAGCUGUAUUCUGUGGCUGAGGCCAGCAAAAAUGAAACGGGUGGUGGCGAAGGCGUGGAGGUCCUGGUGAACGAGCCCUAUGAGAAGGACGGCGAGAAAGGCCAAUACACGCACAAGAUCUACCACUUACAGAGCAAAGUGCCCACGUUUGUUCGAAUGCUGGCCCCAGAGGGAGCCCUGAAUAUACAUGAAAAAGCAUGGAAUGCCUACCCUUACUGCAGAACCGUUAUCACAAAUGAGUACAUGAAAGAAGAUUUCCUGAUUAAAAUUGAAACCUGGCAUAAACCUGAUCUUGGGACCCUGGAGAACGUGCAUAAACUGGAGCCUGAGGCAUGGAAACAUGUGGAAGUCAUAUAUAUAGACAUUGCAGAUCGAAGCCAAGUACUUAGCAAGGAUUACAAGGCAGAAGAGGACCCAGCAAAAUUUAAGUCUAUCAAAACAGGCCGAGGACCCUUGGGCCCCAAUUGGAAGCAAGAACUUGUAAAUCAGAAAGACUGCCCAUACAUGUGUGCAUACAAACUGGUUACUGUCAAGUUCAAGUGGUGGGGCCUGCAGAACAAAGUGGAAAACUUUAUACAUAAGCAAGAGAGGCGUCUGUUUACAAACUUCCACCGGCAGCUGUUCUGUUGGCUGGACAAGUGGGUCGACCUGACGAUGGACGACAUUCGAAGGAUGGAAGACGAGACGAAGAGACAGCUGGAUGAGAUGAGACAAAAGGACCCAGUGAAAGGCAUGACGGCGGAUGACUAAAGCCACUCCUCCCCCUCCUGCACCUUUUGCAAGCCAGUGGUCAACAGGAAGGCCCAGCAGCUCCACGCUCCCGAGUGACAGGCCAUCUCCGGACGCAGCCUUCUGUGCCCAUUCUUCAGGCAACUCUGACCCCUUACCGUAGCUAAUUCUAGAUGCCCUUUACUGUUGUGAACAAAUAGACCGUCUGGUAUUAUGCAGCCCGUGUGAGCGGGAACCUGCCCCUCUGAGAUGUGUGGCGUUGUAGGCGGCUGUAUUUACAGCGCCUCCCUCUUCAACCAUUGUGUUCUUGACCCAUUUCUGUGUGCCCUGCCCACCCCACUUUAUUUCCAAGUGACAUUUUUAGUCUUUGAAAAUAGCUACCUUUUGUGAUGUGGUGAUUUAAACGAUUUACUUUGUUUUCAACCUUGGGAUAAACUGAAGUGUUUGGCUUCCUGGGCAGGUCUUUGCAAUUUUGAGUGCUCACAGGGGGAGAGGGGAUGAGGCAGAAAUAGAUUUGUUUCCCCCCCAGUUGCACAGAACAUCAGUGUGGCUUCGUAACUCUGAUCUCUGCUCCCAGGAACCCACUGUUAAGAGUGCUCUAGGCACCAUGGAAGUACCCAAGGCCCAGCCAGUCUGUUUUGAAAAUUAAACAACAGAUAACCCCUGCUCCAGUCAUCGCAUCGCUGGUCACUCGUCUUAGAAAUACCUAUGGCUCCUUGGCCCUCCUGUUGCCUACUCUGUCUAAAUCUCUGCAGAGCCUGUAAUAUGCCCGGGUCAACUCUUCCUGGAGGGGACUGUCCCACGUGGCCCUUAGAAUUGAGUCUGCCCCAUAUAUACCUAAUAGUGUGCCCACCCCCCAGCUCCCACCAUCCCCAGGAGCUCUGUGUCCACACUCUUCUUCCCUUUUGGGCUGGUGCUGCCACUCAGCAAUAACCCCCUCCUCUCUGUGCUUUCUUAGAUUCCUGUCCUCUGUCUGAGGCUGGUCAGGACACAAGGGGUCUUGAUCUUUUCAUGCUGCACAAAACAAGCAUGCAAAAAGCUUUUUCCCAGAACACGUUCCCCCCUCCUCUCCAGUGGCUGGAAAGGAUCAAGAGCUCAGCUUGUCCUGCCCCCAUGCAGAGUUCUGCCCUGGACAAUCAAGAGCCAGGAGUGAUCGCAGUGGCGAAUUCUACCAAAGUUGGCUGGUGUGAAAGCCCAGGCCUGCGGGGGAGCAGAGGCUGCUGAGGGCUUCCUACUCGCCUGUGACUUGGCAGCGCUGGAGUACGCCUUCCCAGUGGGAGAAUCUGUGAGAUAGCCGUGGUGUCACUUGACAUCUCCCAAGCCUCGUGAAGUUUGUUGGCCGAGUGUGCAGUGACUCAAGCUAACGAGAGACCAAAUCUCUGUUAGGGGAGCAAGAAGCAGAAUGGGAUGAUCUGUCCUUAGGUUUUUGUCAGUUUGUUUUGCCUUACUGAUUUCUAAGUGCAAUAAGGGAGUGUCACGCCUGGGACUUCCUGAUGGCUGCUUCCCUGUGGCCCCCCUGGGGCAAGGCAGGGGGGACAGGUUCAGCGUGGUUAGCUCCUGCCUUCACUAAGUCCCCUCUGGGACCACGAGAUACCCCAACACACCUUCCUUUUAGUGUCCGCACCUUGUGGGGUCUAUAGUAAUGGAUCUGGGGCAAUUCAUUUGGUUAUUAGCAGCCCAACUGCUGGUCGCAUUUGACAGGGAAGGUUGAAGUGGCAUUCCUACUGGAGAAAAAUGUAAAUGUUUUCCUACAAGUUCUGUAAUAGCUGUAAUUAUAUUUGUGCUUAAAGCUUUCCCUUCUUUCAUUCAUCAACUAAGUGAAGUCCAGAUGUGCGUUAGCCUGGGAGAAACAAGCAGUGAUAAUGGAAGCAGACGAUUGUUUACGUGGUUUGAGAGUCAGCAGAUGUUGGUCUCCUUCCUUCAGUUCUUCUCUGAGAUUCAUACAUAUCACUCCAACUUGGGGAGCAGCGGGGCUUGCUCUUUGUGGGCCUUUUCUCUAGCUCCACCCGCCUCCACCUGUUGCCCCAGUUCAGCAUCCAUGUGAGCUGAUUCAGAGGUCAGCUGGAUCUGGGGCUCCAGUCCACAUCAGCGUAAGGAGGGAUGAGCCUGGUCUGUUCUGUCCCUGUGGAGAGUGUCGCUGCUGGGCAAUGAUACCUUUUAAGUACCUCCCUUCCCUUCUUACUUACCCUGCCCGAACUGACUAGCAUUCAGAGGGGCUUAGGAUGCAAGGCUUAGCUCCAAGGGUAGUCUUUGAGGAUGUGCCAUGCCCCUUCAGACCAGCUGCUUCAAUCAGAUUUCCAGGGCCGCAGUCCCAGUUGGAAGCAGCGGUGCCUCUGGGGGAGGAGGGGUGCUGGGCUCUGGCCUUCUCGCGGAGAGGCGUAGGGGACAGGGUCAGUAUUGUGGGCACGUGUAUAUCUUCCCCAAUUCUCUUACAGUCCCUGCUGGGACUCCCUUACUUAUUUUGGUUGGUUCCUAGUGCUACUUCUUUUACAAAAUACACUUUGUAGACCUGAUUAGAUUACCUUGUUUAUUUAAUGUGAGUUUGUGCCUUUUUGUCUCAAUCUUCCAAUACUGGUAUAUUGGGGGAAAAAAAAGCAGUCUAAUAAAAUCCUAGACAGA